AUGAACCUCCGCAUACGAUACGUUCGUAAUCCAUUCAUUCCAUCCAAUUCGGGCCUAUGCAUAUCGAGCAUUCGCGUCUCGCUGCCCGUAGAAUCGGGUCUGGUCCAUACAUCGAUUUCGAUUCUUUACUGCGUAAACUUCGUGCGGAGUAUAUCUGUAUACGAACUCUACUCUGCGGAGGAACAACCACGAGUAUCGCAUAGGUCCAUUGUCAUUCGAUUCGCGAACUAA